AUGAGCGCUUCUGAAGGGACAGGGAAACAGGUUGCACUAAAUAAGAAACAGGCAGACGCUAUACGUGCUCGAGUAAAGAAAAAAAGGGAUGCACGGGAACUAGCUAGAGAAGAAGAACGAAAUUAUGUUGAAUUCCGUAAAAUGGAGAUAUUAUACCAAUUUCGACCAAAAUCUUCAGCGACAUCAAGAAAUCCAGAUGACUCAUUCCCUCGACGAAAACGAGGAGUUUCUAUGGGUUUUGGAGAACGGAAAGCCUACUUUCUUUCAAUAAGACCUAAUCCAAAAUUCGCCACAUGGUUUGGAAAAAGAAAGCAUCUACCAUCAGAAAACAACAAAAAUAAGAUACUGCUUCCUGUGGCACCAAUGCCAGUAACUGAAAAGACUGUACAGCAGCGCGAUGAAGACGAUGACGAUAUUGACGACAUUAGCCGUCGUGGACCUGGUCUCAAAAAAGGCGUCAAUGCCAACAAUCCCUUCAUCAAAGGAUGUCCUUUUUGGACAGUGGGGACAGGUGAUGAGGAGGAAAUGGCAGAAGAUGAUUAUCCGGUCGAUAUUGAAGCAAUUGAAAAGGUCGUCAAUGGUGCAGAAUUAAAACGACCACCAUAUAUAAAGAAAUCUUUCGAAGCGUUCAGCGACAUGGAUUCCUUUAAGAAAGACGAUGUGUUGUUUGAUAGAGAACUGAUCUUUGGAAAUACGGUGACUACAGUAUUGAAUCUGUUUUGUAGCGACACCACAACCAAGAAAGACUCAAAAAAACCACGUGAAAGAAGAGUGCGCACUUUUCAUAGUGCAAGCGAAGUACAGAAAAUUGUUACAUGGGCAAAUACAAUUUAUAUUACAACCUUUGACGUUCAGAAUAGAGAACCGAAAAAGCAACGAACACCUCAAGAAGAACCUAUGAGGGAUGUUAUACGAUUGUCAGGAGAAAGAACAAAAGAAUAA